UUCAACGACCUACAAUUAUUACCAAUAAUUUUAAUUUUAUUUAAUUUAUAUCGUUGUGUUCAUCUAAUUAAUUUAUAAAAUAGAAUUGUUGAACCAAUACAAACAGCAUUUAAAUUAAAGUUUUGUUUUUUAUUAGUUAAAUAAAUCAGUGUAACACCUAUAAUGUAAUACAUCAAUGCAUACUUUUUUCAUAUUUCAUUAGUUUAUGGAAGGAAAAAAAUGCGAGAUAGAAAGGAAUUAUACGAAAAGUCACUUCACGUGCAGCUCUUAUCCACGUUUCAAGGAAAAAUAUAAUGCAAACAUGAUUAAAAAUGAGGACGAAAAUCUACUACACUACAAAGUAGGUGAUUGGAAAUACGAAGAGGACCCUGUUAAGGACUUUUUGCCAGAAAAAAUGGUCCAUAAACCUGCGAGUUUCAAUUCGAAAUUAAAAACUCUUUACAGUACUUCAAAUUUUAAUAGAACGGAUCAAUCUCAUCGAGACAUCUUCUGUUCUGAAAAUGAUAUUUCCACGAACAUGUUGCAAGACGUCUGGCACAAAAUCGACAGUCAUGAUAAAGAUUCUGCAAAAGUUGAGAAAAUAAAUUAUUUACAGAAUAUUCGAGAGUGUUUGGCUAAUUAUCAAGAAUCUUAUGGCAUUCCAAGGACAGAAUAUUCUUUCUCGGCGCUCAUCAAGAUAAUGGGUCAGGCGACUGGUCGAUCCCUUCUCGCUCUAUUAUACGUGAUGUUGAACAUGAUACCUGUCGCAGAGAUUUUUCUGUAUGUUUUACGAUUUAUUUUGGACAAAAUAAUUAGCAUAAGAAGCAGUAAUGACGUUCGACACAAGAUGGUUCGAUGCUUCGUCUUCAUGAUUGAACUGUUCAGCGUAUAUAUCUGCCUGUUAUUUGUAUUCGGUUUUAUCGUCUUUCCAAUUGUGCAGAUGAUAUUUGGCAUAACAGCGAAGAUCAUGCUGUACAAUUAAUUUCAAUGACGGCAUCGUUAAAUAAAAUUCCGAGCAAUCUUUGUUACGUAAAUUCGGUACGUGUUAUCAUGAAAGAUUGUUGCAAGCGAAUACUCGUGUCUUUCGUUGCUGUAGAGUAAAUACUGUUACUCGUGUUUCGAACUUUUUUAUUUA